AUGAAGCCCGAACCCGGAUCCGAAAUCGAGCUGCAGGGACCCGGGCCCGAAUUCAGCCACAGUGAUCCGGCUCGCCCCGAUCCGGACGCUCUGGAUUGUGUGGACCACUGCAAUGUGCUCAGAGUUAGGCCGAACGAGGCCAAGGGUUUCGCCGUGUAUUCCAGGAGCAAGAGGUUGAACGAUAGGUGUAUAAGUGGAGUUGGAUAUUUGAGUAAACUCCAGAAGGAUUCGGAUAUUUUGGUGAAGGCUGAGGACGGCGUGAAUUCGGACAGCGAUGAUGUUCUGGUUGGUGGUCAAGUUCUCAAAAAUGGUGGGGCUGAGGGUAGUAUAGAGACUUCGGGGGUUAAGGGAUGGGAUGCUGAAGAUGAAAUGAUGGAGAUUGAAGUAAAAGAGGAGACGUUUGUACGUAGGUUUACGCAUUCUGUGUUUAAGAUGAAAGACGACUCCGAAACAGAGAAUGGGAAUUUAAGAGACGCCGUGAUUUUGGAGGCGGAUGGUUUUGCGAGUGAAAGUUUAGCAGUGUCGGGUAGUCUCGAAACGAAAAAGGUGGAGAUGAAGAUGCCGAAGCAAAUACUUUUGAAAGGGCUGCCAACGACAGUUAGAGAGCUUUUCGAGACUGGGUUACUGGAAGGAUAUCCAGUAGUUUACAAUGGUGGCAAGAGGGGAUUCCCACUACGUGGAACAAUAAAAGAUACUGGAAUCCUCUGUUCUUGCAGUUUGUGCAAUGGAACACGGGUAGUUCCGCCUUGUCAAUUUGAGAUACAUGCCAGCAAAUCAUAUAGACGUGCAUCUCAGUAUAUAUGCUUUGAGAAUGGGAAAAGCCUCCUGGAAGUGGUCAAAGAAUGCCGUAAAUCUACCGUAAAAGCAUUAGAACAGACUAUUCGAAACUUCGUUGGGCCUUUCCCUGUGAAGGAAUCAGUCAUUUGUUCAAGCUGCAAGAGGAAAUUUCUUGCAACAUCAGCUGCGAAGGAGGAACGACUCUGUGAUUCUUGUGUGAUUAUUCUAAAUUCAGAAUUUGAUACUGAUUGUGAAAAAUCAAGUCCUUGGGAGAAACAUUUGGCCUUGGGAAUGCCUGAAAAUAGUGGAGUGCGUAACACGCCAAAGAAAAGGGGUUGGCGAGGGAGGAAAAAGAGAAAGCAUUCAGAGUUGACAAGUCAUGCGACAUCUACUGGAAAAUCCUUGUUGCAUGCAACGAGAAAAAAGAGCCAAAGGAAUAUUUUAAAAAUGUUGUCAAAGUCAGCUUCUGUGGAAAAGUCAUCAGAAAGUACUUCAAUGGGUUGCUACGAUCCAACUUCACAUGUUAGGACUUCCAUGCAUGGCUCAGUGAAGAUUAAGUCUACAAGAAAGAUCAUGAAGAAAAAUUCAAAAACUACAUCGCUCUCCAAGUCCUCAAAAGGUGGAUCUCCUUCAGGCUCUAUUCAAUCAAAGAGUUCAUUAAAAAUAACUAAAAAGGAUCAGAGAAUGCAUAGAUUGGUCUUUGAGAAAGGUGGAUUACCAGACGGCACAGAAGUUGCUUACUAUUCUAAUGGCAAGCUAUUGCGUGAUGGUUAUAAGAUGGGAUCUGGAAUAAUUUGCCGCUGCUGCAGCACUUUGGUUAGUCCAUCUCUGUUUGAAGCUCAUGCUGGGCGGGCCUCCCGCAGAAAACCCUAUAUGUACAUAUACACGUCGAACGGAGUGUCUCUACAUGAAUAUGCGGUCUCUCUAUUAAAAGGGCGCAAGUAUUCUUCCAAAGACAAUGAUGACUUGUGCAUCAUUUGUGCAGAUGGUGGGAAGCUUGUGCUUUGUGACGGCUGUCCAAGGGCCUUUCACAAAGAGUGUGCAUCUCUGUCAAGCAUCCCUCGUGGUAAAUGGUAUUGUACAUAUUGCCAGAAUAUGUUCCAGAGGGAAAGAUUCGUUCAGUGGAAUGCCAAUGCUGUUGCAGCAGGCAGAGUUUCUGGUAUUGAUUCAAUAGAGCAAAUAAGAAAUCGCUGCACACGCCAUGUGAAGAGCCCAGAAGAAGCCGAAGUGAUUGCAUGUGUGAUCUGCAGGGGCUAUGAUUUUAGUAAAACUGGUUUUGGUCCACGGACUGUUAUCUUGUGUGAUCAGUGUGAAAAGGAAUAUCAUGUAGGCUGUUUGAAAAAAUGCAAGAUGGCUGAUCUAAAGGAACUUCCAAAAGGAAAAUGGUUCUGCACUGCAGACUGCAAGUGGGUAUAUUCUGCUCUGCAGAAUUUGCUGAAUGCUGGUGCGGAAAAGCUUCCUGAUUCGUCUUUGGAGAUCAUAAAGAAGAAGCUAAUAGAAAAUACUCCUGAGGCUGAUAUUGAUUUUGACGUGAGAUGGAGACUUUUGAAUGGGAAAGUUACUUCUCGAGAAACUAGGGUGCUACUGUCGCAGGCUGUAGCUAUAUUUCAUGAUUCUUUUGACCCAAUUGUUGAUUCAGAGACUGGACGGGACUUCAUUCCUGCUUUAGUUUAUGGGAGGAAUAUAAGGGGUCAAGACUUCAGUGGAAUGUAUUGUGCUAUUUUGACGGUGAACUCAGCAGUUGUAUCAGCUGUUAUCCUUCGGGUUUUCGGACAGGAAGUCGCUGAACUUCCAUUGGCUGCAACACGUGGUGGUAAUCAGGGCAAGGGAUAUUUUCAAAUACUGUACUCGUGUAUCGAGAAAUUGCUGGCAUUUUUGAACGUAAAAAGCCUUGUACUCCCAGCUGCUGACGAUGCAAAGUCAAUUUGGACAGAAAAGUUUGGAUUUGGAAAGAUUCCUCAAGAGCAGCUUUUGAGUUACAGGAAAACAUGUUGGCAGAUGAUGACUUUCGAGGGAACGUCAAUGUUACAAAAAGCUGUUCCAAAAUGUCGAAUCAUAAACCAAGACAAAGCAGAUUCAGAUGUGACGGUGCAGUAA